GCUUAGUUCCUUUCUGUUCCACUUCGGAGGUUUCAAUUUCCUUUUCGGAGUGCCUGGGAGAAAUGCGUAGGAAUAUUCAUAAGCGCUAACAACAUCACUACGGUUCGUCCUGAUGCCCUGUGUAAUGAUGUCUUCUGGACAGUUUGAAAAUCAGUUCAGUCACCGCUGAUUGCCACGCUUCUUUAUUUCUGAAUGAAGGCUAUUAUCAAAAGGACAUGCCUGUACAAAAAGUCAAUGAUUCAUCUGACCUAGAUGCCAAGGUCCCUUCUCAUCUCCAGCGCACAUCCAUAACAAGCCUCACAAUGACCUCUGAACCCUCACACAGAUGUGUCAAGGCUACAGUGGUUCACAAAGGUCCUGUGAUAUCCUGUGCACAGAAAGAUGGCAUCAAAAUGCUUAGAGCGGAGAUCAAAGAGGAGGACCCCCUUCAGAGAACUGCUGAACAUACAUCAAUCAAUGUCAUUUUCUUUGGCACGUUGGCCAAGGACUUCUCCCAGUCUGCCAGACAAGGGGAUGUUGUCCUUUUGGCAGACUUUACCAUUAAAAAGUCUCCAUCUUUUCUCAGAGACAAACUACAUCCUUGUCAGCUAGAGAUGGAUGGCCAAGAUGCUUGUGUCUAUGUAUGUCCCUCGGCCGCCCCCUCCCAUGGUCCCUCCAGUUCAGAGGCCAAAUACACUUAUGUUCCCCUAAACGAUUUAAAGCCCAAGACAGUGGUGAAUGUCUAUGGCGUGGUGACCUUCUUCAAACAGCCUUUCCCCUCUAAAGGUUCAGAUUACUGCUCUACACUAAAGAUCACUGAUCAGUCGGAUGUUAAAGUGGGCUGCAACAUCUUCUCUAAAAAAUUGGAGGAUCACCCAGUCAUCUUCAGAGUGGGGGACAUUAUUCGACUUCACAGAUUUAAGACUGACAUGUUCAGGGACUCCAUGUCUCUCUUGAACACUUUUGGUUGGUCUACAGUCACAUUCGAUGGAACAAUUGACAGUCCAGUAGUCCCUCGUACCUCCAGCAAAUCAUUUCACUUUGGAGAAUCCGAUAUACGUACGGUGGAGGAGCUUCGCCAAUGGGCUGCCAACCAGUCUUGGAUAUCUAAGGACCUCACAGUCUCUCUGUCCUUGGUAAAGCCAGGGAUGUACUUUGAUUUGACCUGCCAGUUGCUAGCCAAGGCUGUCAUGGAUAGUCGUUGUAUCCUACUAAAGGUGUGGGAUGGGACCAAGUGUCAGCAUCCCUUAUUGAAGGUUGCAGUUGCAUCUGAUGCAUUAGAAGGAGAAUCCACUGUCGCUAAAGACAGGAUGAACCUGACAGCCAACGUUCUGGUCUACGAUAAUCACCUGGAAGUGGCUCGAGAUUUAAAGCCGGGCACGUUCCUGCAGUUGUACAAUCUCCACGCGCUCCUUCAGAGAGCCCCGGACCAGCAGCCAGAUCAGCCUGAUCACCUCAGUUUCCACCUUCAUGGGGGGACGUCAUAUGGACGAGGUUUACGCAGCCUUCCUGUGGAGAGCCCUGCUCUACAGUCCCUCAAGAGUGUGCUAGAGAAACAUGUGGACCUGGAUGAGUACGAUGAAGUGAACGAUGGGACGUUACUGGAGAUUUGGUACACGCCGCCAGAGGCUGUAGUCUUGCCAAAUGAUGAAGAAACAGAAGCAGAUACAGGACCUUCUUAUACAGUGCUGACGUGUGAGCACAACACGCGGCGGCUAACACUCGCCCGGGUGAAGCGCUCCACUCCGCCGCUGUCAUGUCACGUCCGAGCCCGGGUGAAGAAAUACAAGCCUCAGCAGUUAUACCAGUGUCUGAAACUCUUCUGCUCCAACUGUAAAACAAUGGAAGAUGUUCCCGAUGACAGCGCUGUUGCUAAAGUCUUUCGGGAGUCUGCGAAAGACAACCAAGCUUGCGAUGAGCAGUGGGCCGCCACUUCAUCAGCAAGUUCUAGAGAGCCUGGCAGAACCAUCUCAAUGCACAUAUCCAGAGACAUGGUGGGGGAAAGCUCUCACAUGCAGCUGAUAUUCGUCGAAGGAACGACGCUGGAUGAGAUUUGUGUGUUAUCGCGGGAUUACAAAAACCUGGUUCCUGUGAGAUCAGUGAACGGUAGGAUGACUCUGAUGGAUCUCACAGCUCCAUUCCUGUUCUCUGGAGACAAAAGAUGUUACGGGUGUAAGCAGUGCUCGGUGAACACAUUUCAAAACCCGGUGUUUACUGGAGUGGAGACAUGGGAUGAACAGGCAGUCGCUAAAGCUCUGGGAGUUCAGCUGAUGCAGUACAGAUUGUUAAUCCAGUUUGAACUGGAGGACCAGACUGACACGUUAGAGGCUGUGCUGUGGGAAAACGCUGAGAAGUUCUUCCAUGUUUCUGCUGUGGAUGCUUCAGGCAGUCAGGAUUUGCAGGACAAGAUUCAGACCGUCAUGGACACAAUUCAACCACCAGACAGCAGUUUGGAGGAGCGUCCUUUGCUGGAUCUUUGUCUCUCUGUCUACACUGUUAAGGACAACGACAGAAAUAAAGUUUGCUAUCAGAUCACUAACACAGAAAUUAAAGAAGAAUAGAGAAGUUUUGAUUUAAAAGUUAAGAAAUCAUAGAUGACCACCUGUGAUGAACAAGAAAAAAGAGGUUGCAAGGAAUAUUUUGUGUUAAGAAGUGUAAAUACAUUAUCCAUAAAUUCAUCCUGCUAAAUAAAACAAUAAAACGUCU